AUGAGUAUCUCGGGGCCGCUGUACCGCCGUACGCCAAGACUUUUCAGCCGCAACAAGCCGGGAGAAUGGGGUUUAGUCUAUUGUACUUUAUCGCUGGAACAAGGUCAGCUACUGGUGGCACUAGAUCCUGAUGGACGCAGUCGUAUUGCGACAAUCCCCGUCAAAAACUGUGAACUUGCCCAUGUGCGCAGCGAUGGCCGCGAUUGCAUUGAAUUAACGAUGAAUCGAGGCAAAAAAGAGACUUUUUCAUCGCACGAGUCGAGUCACGAUGUAGAUUGGUGGAUGACGACAUUGAUGACUGUAAAGAGGGACUUGGAGCGAGGAAUCAAGCCUCAACUCUCAUUGCUGACACUACCAGUGUCAGAGCCGACAACGAGGCCCAAACACAUGCGACGUCCGUCGUCGCAGCUGAGUCUAAAUCUAAACUUAUCUGCUAAUGGAAACACGUCAAGUGGGGCCGGACUGGGGCGACCGACACUGAGACGACGAAAACCAGCAUUGGCGACGUGUGAGACAUUAUUUGAACGCUUUACGGUCUAUGAAACGCCGUCGACGCUCUAUAUUGUGUGCUCGGAUCGCCAUUAUUCAUGUUUUAGAAUGAUUGAGUUGGAUCGGAUGGUGGAACGACCAAAAAAAUUAGAGCAAGUGUUGAAGGAAGAUGAAAAGCUUUAUGAUUGGGAACAGAUGGAAGCAAGACUCCAAACACUAGCGGAGCAUGCGCGUAUUCAAGGCACAGGCAACUUGGAAAGGGCGUUUACGGCUGUAGCAAUUGUCGGGUGCAUUCGCUUUUUGCGCGGCUAUUACUUCAUAUUCGUCACGCAACGACGGAAGAUCGGGAAUAUUGGAGGCAACUCGAUCUACGGUAUUUCAGCCACACAGCAACUAAAUGUAAGUCACUCCGUAGAAGACCAGACGGCGUGGAAUCGAAUCAAUCGAUGGUUCAAUCCUAGUCCAGAAGAGGAAGCAGAGGCUCGAUACCUUGGCCUGUUUCAUUUUCUGGAUCUCACAAAGGAUUUUUACUUCAGUUACUCGUACGAUAUCACGCAUACAUUGCAGCACAAUAUGACCACGGAACACUCGGAGCCGGCUGAGAUGUUCACGUGGAAUUACUAUUUGACCCGAGAAUUAAGCACUUGCUUAAGUGGUGGCGCUGCAGCUGAUCUAAUUGUCCCGCUUGUUCUUGGCUGCUACGAGCAGCGUAAAUGUUCAGUGUUUGGCCGCCUUGUGAGCAUUGUACUACUUGCUCGCCGAUCCCGUCACUUUGCUGGCACGCGCUACUUGAAACGUGGUGUGGCCGAUACCGGCAAGGCUGCAAACGAUGUCGAAACGGAGCAGAUCAUUGAAGAUGAGAGCAUGGGUCCUGGCAAGUUCAGUUCAUUCGUACAGCAUCGUGGGUCAAUUCCUGUAUUUUGGUCGCAGGAGACGUCUGCAACACUGCCGAAGCCGCCAAUCGUGUUAAACCGUGUCGAUCCAACGUAUAAUUCGACGCAAAAACACUUUGCAGACCUCUUCUCGCGCUAUGGCUCGCCCAUCGUAGCGCUCAACCUUGUCAAGCAGUCGGAGAAAAAGGAACGGGAAGUCAUUGUGGGCAACGAAUAUAUGAAUGCUGUGGAAUACCUUAACAGCUUCAUGCCACCAAAGCACCGCGUGCGGUAUGUGGCACUGGAUUAUUCUCGCUUAUCUGGGCCUAAGCAGAAAGGUCUUAACGUACUGCAUUCACUGGACAAGGUAGCAGUAUGGGCCCUCACACAGACUGGGUUCUUCUGUAGUGCACCGAAGCGACAAAUUUGUCAGAACGGUAAUAUGCGUACGGCUCAAGUGUUUUUUCCAAGUGAACCAUGGGAUUCACUCAUCACAUCAAGUAACCUUCAAUCGAAAGGAGAAGAGAGUGAGGAAUUGGCUUCAGUCGAUCCACCGCCAUCUCCUACUAUUACAAAAAAUUCUGGAGAAUGGCUGGAACAACGAGGCAUUCUUCGAACAAACUGUAUCGACUGCUUGGAUCGCACUAACGUCAGUCAAUUCAGUGUUGGAAUGCGCGCAUUGGGUCAGCAGCUCUAUGUGAUGGGGAUUAAGAAUACGCCACUGUUGGAAAGUCGGUCACAAUUAGUUCUGGUUCUGAUGAAGCUGUAUUCUCUCAUGGGGGACGCGAUCUCGAUGCAAUACGGUGGGUCGGAAGCUCACAAAAAUGUAAAAAAUAGCGCAGCUAGGGAAAAUGUAAAGCAUCGCGAGCUUCUGACAUCUAUUCGACGCUACUACAGUAACUCUUUUACUGAUACAGCGAAACAGGAUGCGAUCAACAUUUUUCUCGGACACUUCGUGCCUACAGAAGAUUCGCCUCCACUAUGGGAACUUGAUUCGGACUACUAUCUGCACAAUUUUGAGGUCCGAAAUGGUGUGGCUGCAUGCGACAACGUCCGUCGCGACCUUUCUUUUCAUGCUGAAAACAAAAGAAUAGCGUUUGGUGAACUGUAUGGUAUGCCGCCAACGCAACUAUCAUGCUGCUCGUCAUCGGAAGCCUUGGAAGAUGGCAGCGACGAUAGCAUCGACAAUGAAUCUACGCGCGGACGCGCAAUUGUUUCGGCGAGUCGCGACCAGGCCAAGCGUGAUGCUUAUAUUCGCGAGUGUAGGCGAGUGCUCGAUGACUGGUGGAAGGAGCCGCUGGAAGCAUUUGAGAAACCAAAGUAUUAUCUGCCACCUAUGGAGGAGAAGGUGUCUUGUACGUGUGACCAGAUUGCGCGAAAAGGGAGCAAGCGCGAGCUUUUAAGUGGCUCACGUGAGACAAAGCAACCUGAUGCAGGGAACAAGAAAGGGUCACCUCGGUCUCCGUGUUCUGACGAUUUUCUUCACAUGUAUCAUCCUGAGGAAUUGACAACAUUCGACAAGGUCCUGGGGUACAAAUUCAUGCUCCCGAUGGAGAUUUCUGACGAGAUGAACGAAAAAGAUAAAAGACGCUCCGAAAGCGUUGUUGUAGCACAUCUAACAUCCGCUCCAUCAUCAUCCUCUCUGUCCGGCUUAACACGCGUUGAUGAGGAAAAUCUCUCCGAUGUUGAGCAGGUUAAUCGGCGAGGACAAACGAAGGAAAGCACUAGAUCUUAUCGAAGCUUGAGUGCUCUAGAUGCUGGAGAAAAUGUGGGCCCUCAGCCCCAAUCCAGUCGUAGAUUGCGCGAUAGUGGACGUGAGCGCAAGCACGAGUAUCAGGAUGAUCGCACGGGUAUCCUUGCCUCUGAGUAUCAUCACGCUUCUCGAUCUAGUUUAGCGGAUGCCUCUAACCAGCAUAAAGGCCAUGGAUCUGCAGUACUCAAGAAUGCUGCGAAACGUAAAGACGACCACAUCAGCAUCGAAGACUACGUCAUUAGCAAAGGGCGUCGCAAGUUUGUUGGCAGUUGCUCCAAACCUGCGCCAGACCCAGUUUACCAACAGUACGUGCUUGGAAAGGAAUCACCGCAGAUAUGGGAAAGUGAUAAUGAGAGUGUCAAGAUGUACUUUGAGGCGUACAUGCGAAACAAUCGCAUCAGUCCUGAUGAUGCUCGGAGCCUUCGUGAAGCACAAACUCGAGCUGGUGCGACGUUUAAGCUUCAAGUUGGUCCAUACUCAGGGCUGGACCAGAAUGUGAAGGCUCGAGUCUUGGUUGCGAAAAAGCUGAAAACUGAUCCUGAAGACCGAAAGAAAUUUGAAGAAUCAAUGGAUCUCAAGAAGCUUGUGAAAACCGGAGAAGCAUCGGUUCCCGCGGAGAGCUUGGAGUUGUACAAGACCUUCUUUGAUGAGGAGUUACCGACUGUGGAGAUCUACCGUCCAACGAAAAAGGCUACGCCAUCAGUACCAUCAUCACGGUCUGUGGAUUUAACACCGACCGUGAUGAAACGAUGCACAUCGGCGAUGGCUCUCUCAUCCGAACUUGCUCAGAGUAUUCGACGGUUAUCGUUAAACAAGUGUAAUCGUACAAGGUUCAGUGGCGGAGAUUUGAUAUCAGUGGGUCCUCUCUUCAAGAUGGACGGUGGUAAAGACCGUGAUUUUAUCUUAUUCAACGAAGCUACAGCCGAGAACUCGUUCGGCGAAGUGACGCAAAACGAAACGGAAUUGUCGUUCUACUCGAAAUAG